UAGCAAGCAGCUGAUUGAUGCAGCUGGCAACGCUACAGCUGAUAAACAGUAAAAUAAGCUAGAAUGAAUGCUCUCAGAAAGUACCGGUAUAGCUUUGUGGCUGGCGCAUGCGCUGCCGGCGGCAGCUUCUUUGGCAAGUUGCCCAGUUUUCUCGAUGCACUGAACCUGCUGCAGCCAAAUGCAAUGAAGUCAGUCGCCGGCUUUGCGUAUGUGGAAUUUGCGUUGGUCCAGCUGCUGCCGCUUGGUUUAAUGCUCUGCUGUAAUGUGUGCAAUUUACGCUACUUUCUGAAGGCCUUGCAAAUGACCCAACAGACAUUAACGGCAACUGUCUUAGCAGCCGCCUCCAACUACGUGUUAUCAUUUAUUCUAGGUACGAUCGUUUACCGGGAACCGCUGACUGCGCUGUCCGGCGUGGGCAUAACUCUUAUAUUAGCCGGUUUGUGGUUCCUAUGCGAUACAACGGACUCGAGAAGAGCGUCGGUCGGACAAAGAACUGUAGCUAAACAUAAAGAAAUCUAAAUAAAGUACCUACGAAGCUGCACUAACGGGUCUGAAGAAUGUAAUUGAACUUCUAUUGAAAAUUGCAUUUUUCCGUUAAUGAAUAACGUUUGUUACUUAAAUAAGUAUCGUUUAAUGUCACUAAUUUGCAUAUAUAAAUA